AUGGUUCAUUUUAUUUUGAAUAAAAACCCGUUUAGACUAUUACUCACCACAUUUAGAUUCUUUAUGACUGGCUAUUUGCCUCUUGGAUUCGAAUUUGCCGCCGAAACCACCUACCCUGAACAAGAAGGUCUUACUUCCGGUAUUUUGAAUGCCUCCGCUCAGGAAACCAGGGUAUGCUAA